AUGGAUCUAAUGGAGGAGGGAAACGUGAGCUGUGGAGUUAAAAACUGUAGCACGCCAGGCUUCUGGAGAAACUGCUCCAACCAAGACUGCCAGGAGGAGGAGACAAUAUUUGGAUUUAUUGAGUUAGUGUGUGUGACAGUGAUUUUCAUUUCACUGAUAAUCUUCGGCCUUCUUGGAAACACACUGACUCUUCUGGUGGUUUGGCUUCGCCCAAACAUGAGAAGCUCCUCCUACCUCUACCUGAGCAGCAUGGCUGUUAGUGACCUGCUGAAUCUCCUGCUGCUGCCUCAGGAUAUAUAUAAGCUUUGGACAGACUUGGAGGUGGGAGUCUUCGCUUGUAAGCUGUUUGUUUUCCUCUCCGAGUGCUGCACCUACUGCACCAUGCUCCACAUCACCUUUCUCUCCCUGGAGAGGUACCUGGCUGUCUGCUGGCCAAUCACCUCAAAGACGCUGGUGACACGUCGCAGAACCAGGGCUCUGAUUGGCUGCCUCUGGCUGGGAGCGGCUGUCAGUGCAGCACCAUUUUUGGUCAUGAUGGAAGUGGAUCAUAAGGGAAAAGAGGAUGAAAUCGAAGUGUGCAGAUUAUCAAAAUCCUCAGUCUCCUCUGGCCUCAUGUUGGCCAUAUUAAUUCUCUACAAUCUGUACUUCCUGGUACCCCUGUGCAUCCUAGGACUGGUCUACAUCCUGAUUGAACGGACUCUGAGGCUUCGUCAAAAAAGAAGCCGUAAAGACAAGAGUCACAGACACGCAGUCAAGAUGCUGGGAGUGAUCGUCUUGGCCUUCGUCCUGUGCUGGCUGCCCUACAUCGUCAGCAUGACCAUGACCUAUGUUUCUUUGACAGCCGAUUCUAACACGUCCACUGGCCGGGUCAGCGUGCACCAAGCUCGACUGGACGCUCACGGAACAACUAUCCACUCUCUCUAA